AUGCUGGGUAUGGGCAGCAUCGGCAAGCUGGUUGCGCAUUCGCUCCGCGGCCUUCCCAACCCGCCGCCCGUAACACUGCUCUUCCACCGGACUUCUAUGCUCGAGCAGUGGAAUGACGGAGCCCGUGAGCUUCGCCUGACAACUCAAGGCGUCACCGAAGCCCGGACAGGCUACGACGUCGAGACCGCGAUACCACGGCGGCGCGAACAUGGGCGAGAACUUGGCGUCGACAGCUCAGAGUCGCGACCCACGUCCGCGGACCCUUACGUGACAGAGACCGCGUCUCCCGAAGACGCCUCGAAGUACUCGGACCCGAUCCACAACCUCAUCCUCACGGUCAAAGCCACACAGACCGUGUCCGCGCUCCUCGCCGUGAAACACCGACUCUCCGCCGCCUCCAGCAUCCUCUUCCUGCAAAACGGCAUGGGCAUCCUCGAAGAAGUGAAUCGCGACGUCUUCCCCGACCCGGAAACCCGACCAAACUACAUGCUCGGCAUAAUCUCCCACGGCGUAACAUCCCAGAGCACCUUCUCAGCCACCCACACCGGCUUCGGCACCAUCAGCAUCGGCAUCAUGCCGCGCGCCUCCUCCCAGACUCCUCCGUCCGACGCCUCAAGCACCCCCUAUCCGACCUCCCCUCUCCGCGGCGGCCUCGGCCACCGCUGGGACGCGCAAUCGCGCUACCUGCUGCGGACCCUAACCCGCACGCCCGUCCUCGCCGCCGUCGGCUUCGCCCCGACGGAGCUCCUGCAGCUGCAGCUCGAAAAACUCGCCAUCAACGCCAUCGUCAACCCGCUCACCGUCCUCCUCGACGCGCGCAACGGCGCGCUACUGUACAACUACUCCCUGUCGCGGGCAAUGCGCAUGCUGCUGUCCGAAAUCUCCCACGUCAUCCUGUCCCUGCCCGAGCUGCGCGGUCUGCCGAACAUAACCGCGCGCUUCAGCCCGCAGCGGCUUGAGACGCUGGUCGUGGGCGUCGCGGGGAAGACGCGGGAGAAUGUUAGUAGCAUGCUGGCGGAUGCGCGCAGGGGGCAGCAGACCGAGAUUGAGUAUAUCAAUGGGUAUAUUGUGCGCAGGGGGGAGGAGAUGGGGUGUCUCUGUGUGAUGAACUAUUUGGUUAUGCAGUUGGUUAGGGGGAAGCAGAUUAUGAUUCAGAGGGAGAUGCUGGAUAUGAUCCCGUUCAUGGGGGCGGAUACGGGUCGGUGA